AUGGCAACAUUCAUGCUGAAGUUAAUGCUAUCUCUACUUUUCCUGUCCAUGAUUCCUCCAGAAACAGCAUAUGCGGAGUUUGAGCAAUGGUGUGUUGCUGAUGAGCAGAGCACUGAGAAUGAAUUGCAGACAGCCUUGGACUGGGCAUGUGGAAAAGGAGGUGCAGAUUGUAGAAAAAUUCAAAUGAACCAACCUUGCUAUUUUCCAAACACAUUAAAAGACCAUGCUUCUUAUGCCUUCAACAGCUACUAUCAGAAGUUCAAGCACAGUGGAGGUUCUUGCUACUUCAGAGGAGCUGCCAUGACAACAGAAGUGGAUCCUAGUCAUGAUUCUUGUCACUAUGACUUCAUUCCAUGA